AUGAAUAUUAAACCGAAGUGGCUACGGGAUAUUGCAUCUUUGGUUUUCACAGUCUACUAUCUCAUUGCCGCGGAGCAAGCGGAUGAGAAGGUGCGCCGAGUCCGCGCUACUCUGACUCUGGAGCAUAUGCGUGUCUCAUGGAACAAAGCAACCACGCCUUAUUUGUGGGCUAUGGCUAGUUUGCUACGCCCACGAAUGACCAGAUACUCGCCGCGGGCUAUUCGUAUCCCUCGACCGAAGCAGUCCGUGUAUACCGAUCCCGUGAGUGGGUGGCUGUAUUUCGAUGGACCUCUGAGCGCAUUGAAACAGCAGACUUGCAUCGUUUUGGAUAUUCCCGGCGGCGGCUUUGUUGCUAUGGGACCGCGAAACUCCGAAGACAAGCUUUUGUCAUGGGCAGGGAAAUUGAAGAUACCCGUUCUUAGUAUUGAUUACAAGAAGGCCCCAGAAUAUGCGUACCCAUAUGCGCUGCACGAAUGCUACGAUGUAUAUCAUACUAUCAUAUCCACUAAUGGACGCUGUGUUGGUCUGAGUGGCUUGACUCGCCCCCGAAUUGUCGUGACUGGCGAAAGCGCAGGAGGCAAUCUGGCAGUCAGUAUGAUAUUGAUGGUCCUUCAGACCAGCUUGGGGCAAAGCUGGCAAGGAGGAGAAGGGCUCCCACGGCCCGAGGGGGUAGUUCUGGCAUACCCAGCGCUCAACGUCAAAGUAGAAAGUUGGAUGACAGACGAGCAAAUGUCACUCAUUCAGGAUAAAAGCUCACGCCAAACCAACCGAAGUAUCCUGCAGCGCAAACAAGACCAAUAUCGCAAGCUCACUCCAUUUACCUCACCGGGCCAUUCAGUCGAGAAUUUGACCUCUUUAACUGCUUCUAAACAAGCGGAUGAUCAGGAGAAAACCGACAUAGCAACUGAGACUUCCAAAGCUCUCCGCGACAAACUAAAAAAGAACGAAGAGCUCAAUGGAAAGCCCAAGUCUCCCACAUCCGGCGAGGCACAACCACUUCAGACCCGACUUGCUGUCUCCUCUAUGAUCUCUUAUGUCCACGAUAGAAUUCUUACGCCCGAAAUGAUGCGCGCAAUGAUCAUUCUAUAUAUUGGGCCACAUCAAAGACCUGAUUUUAACACCGAUUUCUACCUGUCUCCAGUCCUCGCACCGGAUGCAUUACUUGCCAGAUUUCCCAAAACGUACAUUUUCACUGGCGAACGUGAUCCAUUGGUCGAUGAUACAGUCAUUUUUGCAGGCCGCUUGCGCCAGGCAAAGCUUCAGGAUUUUCAUGAACGUCAGGAUCUUGGUCUUAUGAACUCCCGGCGUACAUUUCGUGAAAGGGAUCAUGUGGAGGUAUCUUUGAUUCCUGGCGUAUCGCAUGGAUUUCUGCAAAUGGCAGGCUUCUAUCCAGAGGCAUGGAAGUACAUUAAGCGCAGUGCCGUCUGGAUAGAGACUCUAUUUGAGACAUCUGAGAUGUACGAAUCGGAGUAUAGUCUACUUCAAAUGUCUGGGGCUUCAAACAAGAGUGUACCGAUAAAACAGAAAGAACCUGCGAAUAACAAGGAGAAUAGGAGGUUCUCAGAAAAACAUCAUCAUCGCAGGCGAACAGGGGAAUCAUCUGGAGAUGAAGACCGACCGUUAGAAAUGGGCAUGACGAAGAUGACGAGCUCAUCAACUGAUGAAGAUUACUUCUCAUCGAAAAGCCUACUAGCGCGUCGGAAAAAGUCCCGAUCUCCAUUUGCAUCGUCUCGUCUCGCUGGCUUUACCACCUAUGAGGACGAGGCCGAACACGGUGCGGAAGAUGGGGGUGAAUUCCUAGCAAGGUUGAAACACCUUGAGAUGAAGUAUAAAUACCACGAUGAAGUUGCCGUUGGAGAUAUCAACAGUGCCCCUGGGAGUCCUUACGCUCUUCGUCCACGUGGAAGAAGCAUCACAUCUCUGGGCAGCGAGGAGGAUCUAUUAGAUCGGCGGAUGCAUGGAAUUGCUGGCGGACUUAUGGGCGGCGGCUUGGGAGAGAGAGCACAGACACCAGGAGCCUAG